AUGGAAAUGAAGAUCAAAGGUCUUCCAGCUGUUCCAGCUCCAACGAGCCAGAGAGAGCCGAGAGGAUCAUGGGAACAGACUCUUCUAUCACUGAAAGAGAAGAGUCCUACGGUGAAAUACAGAAACUGUGGGGCCUUUGGCCACACUGGAAGAAGCAGAACAUGCCCCAUGAAGCAAAGCCAUGUGCCUCUAGUCCCACAGCCUCUGGGAGCCAGGAAGGAGAAAGAGAACAGGGGUCCUUGUAAGCCCCAGGGUCUACAGAAACUCAGUCAAGUCACCAGACAGAGGUGUGAAGAGCAGCAGAGGAAGGCUCCCUUCCAGAAAUUUCCAAUGGAGCCACAAAGGGGGUACCAGCAGGUCAGCUUGGCUCAGCCACAGAUGCUAAGCAUUCCUGGAGAGAGAAAGAUGUCUAUGCUACCAGUCAAAACAUAUCUUGGGAAGCAUAUGUGCCCUGGAAAGCCUGCCCUCCAAAGCUUUGACAGCUCCUGCAUCUUACAACCCAGGCAGAAGGAAGGUCAGGACAUGACGGUCCCUGGUGUUGCCAGGCCAGUGUUCAGGCAGGGUGGAAGAAACACAGCCUCAGAAGAGCUACUGGAUCAAAAGCUACAAGACAUCUCAUAUCAAUACCCCAUUGCUGUUCCCAAAAGUGAUGCCAUCGGUGAACUGUUCCACAGAGAGUCAAGAUCCCAUGGUCCCAGUGGGAAAGUGAAGCCCAAGCAGCAUCCUCUCAUCCACCAAGAUAGACAGAACCCUAAACUCAGCUUCUGGGCCCCAGGUAAGGAAGCUUCCCUGUGCCCCACACAGCCUAGCCCAAACCCCCCGAAGAAACAAAGAAUUGACUCUACCAGUGCAUCAGAGAAGAGCCACGCAAGGACUGGUUCCAAGGGCACCCUGGACAGUCAGUCUCCUCCCAUUGACAACAGACUUGGACUAAAAGGUACAGUUAAAACAAGCAAGAAAAUAGCAGCCCAGGUGCCCAGCACUGACCAACAACAGCUGCUCAGCAGGGCUGCCCUGGUCUCAACCAGACCCUGUAUUGAGUCGCACCAGUCAUCAGCUGGCCAUGUUGCAGGCCAGUCCCUGAGAAUGAUCUUUACCAGAGAGGGUAAGAACUGCUGGAGCUCCAGGUUCCUGACGGUGCCCCCACCACUUCCCCUUGAGAAGCAAACACCUCCUUCGGAGAGCCCUGCCUUCCCCGCGGAAGGAGAGGCUACAGAACCCCAGGUCAAAGUGAGCGUUCUCUAUGAGGACCUUCAGGUAUCCUCCUCCUCGGAGGAAGACGGUGGUGAAGAAUGA